AGUUCAUUGUCUAUCGAUCUCCGAAUUCACCAUGGGAAGAACUAACGCUUGUGAAGCUCAGCGUAAGCGUAUUGAUAAUGCAAAAAGGCAGGCUAAGCACUCUGGGAAGGGUGGAGAUUCUCAACUGAAGAACAACGCUGCCUCCCAGACUCUAAUGUGUAGUAUCUGCAGGCAAACAUUCAUGUGCACUCAGAAGAAGCUUCUUCCUUCUCACGCUGAGAGUAAGCAUCCUAAGCAGGCCUUUGCCGAUUGCUUCCCGGGCGUUACUGUAUAAGAGCGUUACUCAUACCAUCACUUGUUCACUUCCUCAUUAUCGGAAC